AUGAGCUUCACUACUCUUCUCCUCGCGGCCCUCUUCUCUAGCGCCACCGCCGCACCUCUAGCCACCUCCUCCUCGAGCCUCGACAACGGUGUACCCCUCAGCAUCUGGGGCGGCCAAACCUGCACCAGCUCAGGUGUAUCAGUCUCGUACAUCCCCAUCAACGGCGAUUGCUUCGGUACCUCGCCAAUUUUCAGCGGAAACACCGAUUCAUUCAAGAUUACCGCGGAUAAUCUUGCCAAGUUGCCAAGUGGAUGCAGUGUUACUGCAUACGACAACGACGGAUGCAAAGGCAAUGCCAUCACUAUCAACACGGUUGGCGGCGAUUGCAAGACAUUUGGUGCGUUCAAGCCGAUUCGCUCGGCAAAGGCAGUAGGAUGCAAAUAG